AUGAUUGCGAGUUUUGUGUGGGAAGUUCGAGCUAUAUGCAAAAAUGAUGUCAAUAAUACUGAUCGUGAUAACGAAGACGAAGUAUUCAAAAAUCGCAACAAGAUAAGAAAAAAGUACAAAAAUAAUAAAAUAUUUGAAACAAGAGAAAUAGGAUUGUUUUAUGAAAGUGAUUCUAGUUUAUCUUUAGACGAAGAAAGCAAUGCAGCUAAAAUUGCCUCGCUUAUGAGCCAAAAAAGAAAAAGAAAAGUGCAUAAUUAUUCAAACUUUUGA